UUGACUAGUAAAAGUGACUAGUGAUCCUGAUUUUAGAUCGGAGUAGUCGCCGCAUGAGUUUUCUUUCGGCCAGCUGGCAAGUCGCAUUGAGCGUAGUUCAGCCUCCGUAGAAGUAAACCAGAAAGUGACUCGACAUAAUUGAACAAAAUUCCAUCCAGUGACAUGUCCGAACUGCAAGCAUCGCUACUGCUCAAACGCCAGCUUUCCGAGCUGCAGAGCCAUCCCGUCGAGGGCUUCUCCGCCGGUCUGGUAUGCGACUCGGACAUCUUCAAGUGGGAGGUGGUGAUCAUCGGUCCCCCGGACACGCUUUACGAGGGCGGCUUCUUUAAGGCGCACCUGAUCUUCCCAAAGGAGUACCCACUGCGCCCGCCCAAGAUGAAGUUCAUCACCGAAAUAUGGCAUCCCAAUAUCGACAAGGCCGGCGACGUUUGCAUCUCGAUCCUCCACGAACCGGGUGACGAUAAGUGGGGCUACGAGAAGGCCGAGGAGCGCUGGCUACCGGUGCACACCGUGGAGACGAUCCUCCUUUCCGUGAUCUCAAUGCUCACAGAUCCCAAUGAUGAAUCGGCCGCUAAUGUGGAUGCGGCCAAGGAGUACCGUGAGAAUUACGCGGAGUUCAAGCGCAAGGUAACCAGGUGCGUCCGCCGGAGUCAAGAGGAGGUGGAAUAGCCCGGAAUCUGGGCAGUGACAUGAUGAUCAGGAACGGCCCACAUGCUAAUCACGUGAAUAAAGAGAGCAACUAGUGGAAA